UCGGUUUCGGUGACGUUCGUCCACGUUCGAAAGCCGGUUCGUGUCUACUGCGAUUUCGGCUCGUCCAGGGUGAGUUCCGCGCACGAAUCGUCAUCAGGGGUGCUGGAAAUAAAUUUUGCUCGUCGUCGUGGCAAGACGUCGGUAAAUGGUAGCCGAAGAUGAACAUUCUGUGGGACGGUUUGUCACAGGUAUCGUACGACUGUUAUGGCUGUGUAAAGACUAAAGUCCGUAUUCUAAGUUCUCUUUUAACGAUAAAUGAGCCUUUAAAAGAGACUUAAAGUCACCUGAGAAGCUACAUUUAAAGCACUUUUAUCGAUAAAAGAGGAUUCAAAAUAUAGGCCCAAGUUGCUAUUCAUCGUUUUCGGCCCGGUGAAAGACUCUCGGACACGAGUCAUCAUCGAAGAUAAAAUCCGUGCGCUUAUCUUGACGAAAUAUCGGUAGACAAUCAUGGAAAAUAAUCACUUCGCGGAACGGUCAUCGACAGCAAUGGGUGAAGUGUCGCAUAACCGUUACUGCGGUCGUUUAGAGUGUGAGCUUCUGUCCUUUCGCGUUUUCGACUUUCCGAAGGAGUCUCGCGAAUCAUCGUCAUGGGGAAAUAGGUUUCGCUCGUGGCAAAAUGUCGUGGGAAAGUCGCCGAAAGUAAGUACUUCGCGAGACGAAUUAUCGGAAUACCGAGCAAAGUUAGUCACAUUUGAUGCUUCGAGAAUCGCAAUUGUCGGCGUCAGUAAGGGAACAGACAGCGACGCUAUGGUGCGGAUCCCGCAAGCUGUCCAGUAUUUCCCGCGAAUUCGACUCGUCGAAAGCGAGUGAAUUACCGCCGGUGAUAUUGAAGCAAGUAAGUUUCGCGCAUUGUCGCGGCAAGAUGUCGCCAAACAACCGCCGAAUAUCUCGCGGUUCGUCGGGAAUGAGGAACAAAGCACUGCACAUUCGUUGUUAUAACAGUUUGAACUUAAAAUGGCUGUUAAUUCGUCGAGAAAAAAUUUCGCGCGCGAAGUAUCAUCGGGAGUGUCGUAAAUAAGUCUUGCAUACAAAAUGUCGUCGGGAGUGCCGAAAAUGAGUUUCGCGCGCAAAAUGUCGUCGGGAGUGCCGAAAAUCAAUCUCACGCGUUUUUAUCAACAAGACGUCGUUAAAUGGAUAUUCUAUUGCGGAACAGAUGAGAAAUACAGAGCGAGAUGUGUUCUGAGAGCUUCCGAUCUGCCGAACGACAAGUGGGACAUGGAGAAAGCGGCAGUAAUGGGAUUAACCAUUUGCAGCACACAGGAAUAUAUUAUAUCGGUUGCGGCAAACGGAUUGAUCCACGAUCGUGCCUGGCGUAACGUAGGAACGAUUACGAUCGCAAGUACCGCAUCAAUGGCGUCCGGCGAAAUCCUCGCAUUCACAGGCGUUUCAUCGAUUCUUGCUGUUCUCUCGCGGAAUCAAAUGGUUGGAGCGUAUUGUGGAUUCAGGCACGACGAGGAUCAAGAAUUGGAAGAAGAGGUUCGCGUUGCUCCAGCGAGAAUUGCGGAGGAAGCGCGAUACUUAAAGCCAGGAGCACACAGAAAGAGACGUAAGCAGUAAGCAGUAAAACUUAAGCAGUCAGCAAAUUGACCAAGCACAUCAGAUGAUUCUUCUCGGGCACACAGAAAAACGCUACAAUACCUAGAGGAGGCCGACUACCAGCUGCACCCGCACUCAAUGUCACUCGGCCGAGACCGCCGCAGGAGAGCAUCCGAUGAGCGCGAGCGAGCCGCGGCGCCGUGCCGGCACAGAAUGGUAUGACGACGACGACGACGAGGGCAGCGGCGACGACGAGGAUGACAGCGGAGACUACUCGGAUGAGUAACAAAGCACGCUGAAGACUACAACCGACCGCGUCUCGUGGGUCGGCCCGGACGUAUCGCGAGCUGUAAUCUGGAUGCACCGCUCUGACAUUUUGAAGAAUCCCGAUGAAGGAUGGGCGCGAGCCGCAUACUUUCGAGAUACUCGCAACAGGAUUACUAAUGGAAAAACGGAAUAAUACCAACUGGAAAGUUCGCCCCAUCACAGUCCCAUCGUAGACCCUCAUUCGCCCGGAUUCUCAAUAUCGAUUCCGAUCGACAGCGGGGAUCGAUGCCACCCGUG